GAAUGAAGAAGGGCGGUCCAAAACUAAAACGAAAAGAAAGUGAUGAAUGGUUGUGUUCAUCCACAUAUCAACCGAAUCAAGAGGAAAUAGUUCAGAAAAAUGAAAGGAAUUCGACAAAAAAGAAAAAGAAAUUGAAGUUAGCUGUUGUAGUACCAAGGAAAUCAUCUAAUUCUUCAAUUAAAUCUAUUUUAAAACAAGAAAUUGAUUCUGAAAAUGUUAAGAAACUUGAUCAUCGGGAUAAAUAUUCCGACGAUGAAAUUCAAAUUGAUGAUGGUGACGAUGUAGAUAUUUUGAAUGUUGUAUCUACAUCGGAAAUCAAAACUCCCACUUCUAGCAUGGCAAAAAUCCGAAUUAUUACACCUGUAAUACCUCUUAAAAUAGCGCGCCAUCCGACAAAGUUUUCUCCACCUAUUCUUCAAAUCCGUCAAAGUCCUGAACAAUAUUUCGCAGCAUUGACUCCAAAACGACGAAGAUCUGCAGACGUUGUGCAGGCUGUGAAACGGCGAAAAGAGGAUAAAUCCGAUUCUUCGGAUAGUGAGCAAAAAUCUGAUACUUCAGAAGUUUCAAACAUUUUUGACACAUUUUCCCCAAUAAAAACCAUCGACUCACCACAAAAAACAAAGUUCUCACUCGAUUUUAUCACUGGCUAUGAAGCUCAGUUUACCGCAUUUGAAGAUACUCAACCUCCUAUAUGUUUCGAUUACUGUAACGGAAAGAACUCUCCGGAUUUAUUUGAUGAUGUAGAGGAUCCGAUGAGCAUCUACGAAGAAUCUGAAGCAUUUGAAGUAGCCAAUUGCAAUUUGGAAGCUUCUCCAUUCAAAAUUGAGGUAUCGCCUGAAAAAAUUGGUUCACAAUUUAGAUUUGAAGAGUUUGAAGAAGUGGAAAAGUUGAAUGUAAAUUGCUUAAAGAAGUCUCCAGAAAAGAAACUGAGAUUCGCGGAACCUGAUGAACCAACUUGGGAUUAUAAUAAUGAUUAUCAAAAAACGGAGCAUUUCAUAGAAGAAAGCUGUGGAUUGCAUCUACAAAACAGUGUAUUUCGAGAAUAUGCAAUUGAUAUUGAGACUUGUGGUCCAUCUGUGUUUAUAGAAUCAACUAAUUGUGCUGGACCAGAUGAUGAAACUCAGAAAUACAAGGAUGCGGAAUCAGGUGCAAUGAUGUCUAAUUCAUCUUUUCAAGAAAGUCAAGAAGAGGACAUUUACGAUAGAGAUGAACUAACUGGAUUAUCAGCUCGUUUCGCCUCGUUAAUGUCCAGCAAAGCAAGUGAGAGACGUCUGUUGAUGAGUGACGUAGUGUUUGGCACUGUGCCAAAGAAUAAAUUGGUCCAGUUGGAUUGCACUACUUUACAAAGCGUCUUUGGCAUGUCAAUUCUGGGAACCAGCUCAUCAUCAGUGAUCAUCAGUCGCAGCUCCACAAUCCGUCGUCUUGCAUCGUGUUCGCCUCCUCCACCACCCGCCCCAUUUGUUUGUGACUCCGCCCUCAAUUUCCCUCUUUCCGCGGCAACAGCAGCAGCAACCAUCCCGGCCCUUCAUCGUCUCUCGCCAAUUUCGACACCUAUUUCUGUGAUUUACUCAAUUGGAGCCGUAUCUGGAUUAAAGCCGACAAUAACCAUUCGAGACAAUCAGAAACAACCAAUUGAAGUUGUGAUCAACCCACCAUUGGUCAGUGAAGGCGCCUUCUAA